AGAGGGGUUGACGAUGCAGUGGAUGGGGGAGUGCGGAGGUAAGCGCUGGUCAGAUUUGGUAUCAUGAGGAGGGCCCAGGAGACCUGUUUGACCUGUGAGGAGCAAGUUAGCUGGCCGGUUUCAAACGACCCUUCCUCUGUCUCGGCGGGGGCCAGGCGCUGGGUCAUGGCAGGCGCGCGCAGUGAGGAGGAGCAAACGCUAGGGGGAGCGGUGUUGGACUGUUGGCCAAACGGGUGGUUGCUGGAUGGGAGAUGUGUGGCGGGCAACUCGCGCGAGUAUCUGGUCGAAGUUCGAAAAUAGAGACGACGGGUUCGGCCAGCGGUUGUGUCGACAUAAAGGGAAGCAAAAGGAUGCGCAGGCUUCGAGGUUCUUCAGUCCGGUUUCCAUUCACUGUACAUACAGAUAUCCUUCGGAGUACUCUGGCAGUAUUCCCCAGACGGCUCUUCGUUUCCUUUCAACCCUCACGACCCUGUCCGCAGUCCACCCACCCGGUCCCGCCGGUCAGGACUCAUCAGCUGUCUCUCCAGCUCCUGUGUCUCACCGUCCCGUCUAGGAGGCUAUCCGUAUUGGCCGCCCUCUCUUGUCGCAGCCUCCCGCAAGGCCCGCAUCCGCAUCCUUCGCAGCCAGCUCUUGGGCCAAAACCCCCUUCCAAUCAGGAGGCCAUUCAGCACUCGGCGCCAGCACAGCUGCACGGCCUCAGCGCAAAUCACACGCACGUUUCACGGCCUGCGCACAGUCUGCCACUCGUCGGCGCUUCGAAGGGGCGCUUCUGCGACGUUUGAUUUGCCGUGUCGCAUCCCUGGUCGGGCGGUUGUUUUGCAUCACUCACAGGACCCCCCCGUUCGCUCCGUUUCGUUCACGGUUCACGGUUCACCCUCGCUCAGCCCCGCGUCCAGUCGCCCUCCCUUAAGCGCCAGCGUUUAUUAUUAGAAGGAAGAAACAAGGUCGACCACCACCACGCCCACGGCCUCCUACCAACGAGACAACCUGCCGUGCCCG